AUUCGAAGGUUGCGUAGCCUACAUACAACCAACUGUUUAUCGGCCUAUUUGUGAUGGCAGAGAGCUCGUCUUGGAGUUUUGAUGAAGCUGAUUUGUCUGCAUGUUUCGAUGACACGAUGAACGGCAUCGGCGUAGGCGUACGAUCUAUGUUUAAUAUGCGUGACGCUCUAUCAGCUUUACCACUCUGUAAUGAUGAAAGUAAGCUUUCUGAUGAUUCAAACCAUGAAGGUUUAUCAAAUUUCUCUAUGUUGUCUAGUAAUUCGGCGCAGACUGUGUAAGUUUUAGUUCUCAUAUUAUUCGUUUUAUUCCUAUCAUGUCAUUUGGUAUAAUUUAUUUCUAAGACAUUUUCGGUAUCAUUUUAAAUAAUAAAUAUCUACGUUCCUAACAAGUCUGUACAUAGAAUUAAUAAGCAUAAGCAUUCCAAAAAGGUAUCUAGGUGAUGAUAAGUUGCAGUGAGUCUAUGGUAUUUAGUUAGCCUCUGGUAGUGACGACGAAGUCUUUUGAUUAGCAUAUUGGUACUUUGAAAUUACAAGGAAGGGUUUUGGUAUUCAGUCCUCUUAUUUUAGUAUUUUUUGGCAUGUAUAUACACUUGUUAUUACAAAUAAAAGUCAUCAGUCACCAAAUUAAGGUGAAGCACCCAUUAGCAACGGAUAAAAUCAAUAAUAUUUCUCCAUAGUUUACCAACUCAAUCAAAAAUUUCAUCGUUCACUAUUCGUAUGCGAAAGAAUGCAACAUGACAAUACGUGACCUAUCUACUUGAUAUUAUCAGUUUAACAUAUCGAAAGUUUAAGAAUUCAUGGGCCAAAAAGAUAUCAAGUUUAAAUCUAAUAGUUCAGUAGUAGAAUAAUAGGUAAAUAUGACAACUUUCUAUUUAAGAGUCCAUCAAAGUUUAAUAAAAAUCCUGACUAGUAUUUGAAAACUGAGUCAAAUAAUUUAAGAGAGCCGUGGUGUGAUUUUUUCAUAAUCUAAAAGGUUGAUUUACUUCCGUUUUUCUUAUUUCGUUGGAUCAAAUUCAUAUCUUCAAAGUAAUCAAUGCAUAUUUUAUUUCAUUGCCUUGCUUUUUGAAUGUGUUUUGUUCUUUAAGGUGGACGGUUUAAUCGUGAAGCUUUCAUUGUCUUUCUCGAUGACAUCAUCAGAGUUGUUUAUUUAUUUAUUUAUUUCAACACAUAGAUAUUGGUACAAAGAGGUACCAAAUAUAUAUGAGCCACACAAAUCUCAUUCGAUAUGUGUGAGGGCUGUGAUACUGCCCGGGUGCCCAAACCGAAGCAGAUGGUUUUCUUAGGGGGCCACAACCCGAGCCUUCGACCUGAAGGUCUGAUCCACAAGGCAGUGGAGCAUCGUAAGGAGAUGCAGUCCCAUGGAAGCCGGUGACCAACAAUUGGUUCAUUCGCCAUUUGUUCCCCCAGGAUACUGGAGCCCAUAUGCACCAUUGGUUUGGAAUCCGGUUAAAGCGCCGGACAUUCGCUUUUUGUCCUCUCAUUUUCGUAAACAACACUCCCGCCACGAGAAGGCAGUGAGUAGGACUUCCCUGGCAGAGGCUAUAUACGCGUGGCCGUGUGAGAGUAUUUCGAGAGGGAGAGCGGACUCUCCUCACUCUCGGCCGUACCAGGGCAUUUGGGGGCAUCAGAGUUGAGAAGAGUUUUUAAAAAAAAACGCUAAAAGCGUCACAAUUAAACCACCCAACUAAGAGGACGAAACACCUUCAAAAUCCUCACCUUGAGCUACAAAUUCUGUUCACAAUUGCUUCGCAUACAUGGUAUGUAUGUGUAAUAUAAUUAGACUAAGCAAAACGAAGUAUAACGUAGCAGAUUACUGAAUUAUUCUGAGUUGCCAAAAUUCUUAUCAAUAGAGUAGAAUAAAACUAGUAAAAAUUUCAAACCAAGGUGAGGAAAAGUUAACCAAGUAUUCUAUGUUUCAAGUGAAUAUUCAAUAUCCUCUUAUGUAACUUUCUACAACUUCUGAUCUGAACCAUGUUAUUAGAUGCAGACUACUUGGUUGGGGUCCGCACGAUUAUCGUAAUCAGCAGUUGAAGACUGUGAGUGACAUGACUCAGAAUCGAUUACAAUGGUAUAGGUGUAUACACUCUUUGUCUUCCCUUAAACCGUGAGAUUAAAAUUACUUUAUACUUUUCUUCGAACUAAUUCUUUCUCCCUGUAUUAUAUCUCUAUACUUAAUGUUUAUUUUUGAAUAUUACUACGAUUGAAGUAAUUGCAUCUAUGAAUUUGGUGUUCAUCUCGUUAUGCUAAUGGACCGAUGCAUACAUGUGCUUGGUCCUACGUUGUAGCUGACUGACUAUGAAACCCUCAAUUUGUUUGAUAUUGUGUGGCCGUCCUAAAAGUGCUCCUUUUUCUGUUUCGUUUGUUCAUUACUAAGUACUAACAAUUCAUGUUAUAACCGAAUGACUUUUAGACUGUUUUAGUUUUCAUUUUAUUCGAUUUUUGACUUAGUUAUGCUAUCGAAAUUAACCUUAAUUUGCAUAGCGAGUUUAAAUGUGCAAUUAGUUUUUGAAGUUUGCCUGUUUAAUAAUAUGUUUCUUUAAUAUUUCCGCUUAGUGACAAUACUUUUAUUUCAAUGGCUGAUACAAACUCUCAUUUGUUUGAUAACAUUUUGAAAGCUCCAACGUCAUCGGCUACACGAUUAGGUGAAGCGUCUUUAACUUACUUAAAUCAAGGACAAACGUAUGAGCUUAAAUUGAACUUGAAAACACCAGAGAUAAAAUUUAUCAAGACAUGGAUUCGAGUUACUUUCUAUGAUAAACGGAUGGAAUUAAAUGAACACGAGCUUUGGGAUAACUGGCAUCAAACACACCCUGGUGAAAACCUCCUAGACGUAGAUUAUAAAAGAUCGAAUGAUUAUGAAGAAUUAGAUAAUGAAAAUACUCCAUCAGAUGAUAUAUCAUGUAUAUGGAAAUAUCCGAAAUGUACUAUUGGUUUACGAUUUAAUUGUGUCAGUACUGAAUUCACUGCUAAGAAACAUGGUGGUGAAAAAGGAAUUCCUUUUCGAUUUCGGGUAGAACAUUUUGAAUAUGAUACUAAUCAACAUUUGGGAUCAUUCGCUUGUCAAAUUAAAGUAUUCAAAAUGAAGGGAGCUGAUCGUAAGCAUAAAACAGAUCGAGAAAAAAUAGAGCGUAAAUCUGGUGAUGGUCAAGCUAUUUAUAAACCAUCAGUUCCUGUGACUAAAUUAUCAUAUUUACCUAGCAAACAAGUUAAAUUAUUUCAUAAUCACCAUCAUAACCAUGGUUAUUAUCAAUCGAUAACAGAAAAGCAGUCGGCGAUCGACGAUACUUUCACAGAGCAAUCGAUAAAAGUGACAAAUACACAAAUUCUUACCACUUCCGCUACAAUAGCCACGUCUGUUUGCAAUAAUUCAUGCCAACAAUUUAAAGUAGACAUGAGUAGUUUGGAUUUACAGAAUUUGGCACGAGUGGAGAAAGCGGUGAUGAAGGAUAAUUUUACACUAGAGGAUUUAAAUGAUACAAGUAACAACUUUGCAAUACCUAACCCAAUCGAAUCACCUAGUGCUUCCAAUCAAUCAUUUUCGGAAUUUGUUAUACCUACUUACCCAAUUAAUCGUUCGGCAUAUUCAGCGUUAAGAAAUGUAUCUCCGGGUAUAUCACCUUCUCCAUCUUCUAAUAGGCGUUUUAAUUAUACUAUACAGCCAUGUCUUCAACGACGUAGACGUCUUCGAGCAGGAGACUGUUGUUCAGGGACUUGUUCAUCAUGUGGACGCAGUUGUCGAAGUGCUUCCCGAUGGAUACGAAGUAAUAAAAAUAGAAUGAUGUGCACAAACUGGGACAAUUCAACAAAUCGUGCCAAACAAGCCUCAGUGAUUUCAGAAAGAAGGAGAGCUGCACAUAGUUAUGAAAACGGUUCCCAUUUGACUGAAUUCCCAAAGUCCAAAUCGAUUCAAAUGAAUAUUCCUUCGCAUCAGUCAAAUUCCAUAAAUAGUAACCAUCAUUCAGGAGUAUAUGAAUUGAGCACAUCAGGCGAAUCGUCUAGUCUAGGGAAUAAUGAUAAACUAAAUAAAUAUACUAUAUUAGAUAAAUAUGAUGAUCAAAAAUCCAAACCAUCAUCUAUCAUCCUACCUGAUUAUCCUCUUAAUUCAGUAGUAAUAGCACAAUCGGAUGAGGAUCCUUUAUUAAGCAUGUCCAGUGCAACUCCAGCAAGUCGUGAUAUGGGUUAUUGUAGUGAUCUGUUAGUAUCGUCACCUUCCAGACCUAAUGUCGAAGACAGAGUCAUAGAACAAAUUGAAUAUUGUACAGAGAACAAUAGUAAUAAUAAUAAUGUUCACCAUAAUAAUGAUGACGAUUAUGCAGAUUUGUUGAAAUUUGAAGAUUUAUGUAUGGAUAAAUUAAACUCUGUAGUUCAUCAAGCUACAUCAUGUGAUUCAAUAGUUUCUUUGUCGAAUAAACCGGAAAUUGAAAUUCCUUCUUUAUCAUCAUCAUCAUUGUCGUCAACAUCAUCAUCAAUAUCCGUCUGUCCAUCGUCUAUAAAUACUUCUGUUGCUACUGUUAAACCCACUACUAUUACUACCUCAAAUAUAUCAUCUGUAAUACAUUGUGAAAUGACGGCAUCACAGGUUGCAGAUUGGCUUUGUCAAUCAAAUUUUGAAAAUCUUCUUGAAACGUUUAAGAAUUUCACAGGUUGUGAUAUACUUCGUCUAGCUAAAGAAGAUUUAUUGUCUAUUUGUGGAUCAUUAGAAGGUUUACGAUUGUAUAACUCACUUUAUAACAAACCUACAGUGCCAAGAUGUACACUAUACGUAUGCUUGAAAGGAGAAACAAUUUAUCAUGCAAUUAUGCUCUAUGAAAUGAAAGUUCAUGAAUUACGUAGUCGAAUGGCUUUUAUAUUAUCUUGUCGUCAAGAAUGCAUCAAAAUUAUAUGCCUUGUCACAGAAAAUGAUAUUCCUGUCCUAUUAACUGAUGAGCUCAUUGUUCAAUUGAAAGAUAAAAGUACCCAUCAAAUUACAUUGAAUAAAAUUUGUUGCAAUAAAAUUAAUUUAUAUUUAAAACCUACACAAUAAUAAAAUGACAAAAAGAAACAACUUUUUUUAAUUAUUAUUAUGAUUGAAUUGUACAAAUUUGUUUGUUUGUUUUAUCUUGAAUAUGUCAACCAUCUUCUUGUUUUGUGAUUUCAUUUUCUCUUUUGUUUAAAAGAUUAUGCAUUUGUUAUUUCAUAUGCAUCUAUUAUAUAUAGACUUCAUGAAUUGAAUAUAUAUAUGAUGAACUGUUCAUUUUCAUGUUUGUUUUCGAUUAUUUUUUUAGAAAUGGGGAAACAAAUCUAUUUUAUUG